AGCUCUCUUGGCCCAGGGGCACCACCAUUGGCACGCCCCGCCGCCUGCCUGGGGCGUCGGAUUGGUCCCUGGCCCGCAUGGCCGCCGCAGGCCUCGGCGCCAGGGCGGCGCCGCUCGGCCCCGACUCCCCCGAGCUGCUGGCGGUGGCCCGGCGCGCCCUGGACCUCACCAACGGCCACCGGGCGGCGCGGGGCCUGCGGCCGUGCCGCUGGCACCCGCGCCUCGCUGGGCUGGCGGCGGCGCGGGCGCGGCUCAGCGGCGCCGCGCCAGGGGCUUCGUUUGAAGGGGACCUGCCCGACCCACGCUUCGUUACACGCGGCAGGCAGGCGGGGCGCCGCAGGGGCGCGCGUGGGCAGCCCCCGGGGCACCCCCCGCAGGGGGCCCGGAGAUGCUCGCGCGGCCUCCCAGACUAGGCAGCGUUUCCUGGGGGCGCCGGCCGCCGCGGCCCGACGCGGCUCGGGACACGAAGACGGGCCGCGGCUGGCUCCAGGUUGGAUCGGGUCGCCGGCGCACGAGCAGGCCCUGCGCGGCAGGUUCAAUGCCUGCGGCAUUGCGGUGGCACAGUCUCCCGAAGGCCUUCUGCGCCGCGGGCGGGGUGUGGGGGAGCCGCGGGAGGCCUCGUCGGGCGCGGGGGCGGGCGGCCAACGCGAGACGGCGUCGGG